UCCGGCGGCCGUGGGCGGGGCUCCGGGCUCCUUCCCGGGAUAUCUGCGGACGCAUGGCAGCAAACACUCCUGGAAGUGCAACACCCAGAAAACCUGUCUUGUCUGUCAGCGCAAGAAAAAUUAAGGACAAUGCAGCUGAUUGGCAUAAUUUAAUCCUGAAAUGGGAAACCCUCAACGACGCGGGCUUUGCUACUGCAAACAGCAUUGCCAACCUGAAGACCCGGUUGCGGAGUGAAGAUAAGACAGAGUUACAGGGCAGCAGCCCGGCUUCCGGGGAAGAUGCGGACAAGACGCUUCCAGAAUAUAGCAAGGAGCUCGAGACGCUGUGUGAGGAGCUGCAGACCACCUUGGAGGCUUUGGCCAAAAUACAGAUGAAAAUGGAAAAGCUGUCCUCGACCACCAAGGGGGUUUGUGAGCUAGAGAACUACCAUUACCGGGAUGGGAGGCCUCGCCCCCCCCUAUUUCACACAUGGCCCACAGCCCAUUUCUACGAGGUCUCCCGCAAGCUAUGCGACAUGUACCAGAAGGAGCUUCUCCUGAAGCGCACGGUCACGGAAGAGCUUGCACACGCCGUGGACCACGACCUCACCCUGAGCUACCUGUCAAUGUGGCUGCACCAGCCCUAUGUGGAGACCAACAGCACGCUGCUUCUGGAAAGCAUGCUGCUCGAAACGGGACACCGGGCCCUGUGACGUCCCGGCAUGGCCAGGCCUGAGCCCCCAGGCUCCGGACCCCCGGAUGCUUCUGUGGCUCCCGUGAUGGACGGUCUUUCACAUAAGACCCAGUGCUGUGGCGCGGCCGCCCUCCGGCCUUAGUGUCUUCCGGACAGGAUCACUUUAGUGCUCCCCGUGGCCUGUCCCGACACUAGACUGCUGGGAGCCGUCCUCCCGCGCCUGUUGCGAACCUGUCACCCAAGAGGACCUCACGUGAAAUAAAGGAGUUCCCUACCAGGA